AUGAAAAGUGAAAUCAAGCAGAUGGUGGAAACUUGUGAGGCAUGUCAGGAAAUGGCAGCUCGAUCCACAAAACUACCCAUCAAACAAAAUGAUGAUGGAGACAAGCCAUGGAGCAAGAUAGGCAUGGAUUUAUUUGAUAUCAAAGGACGACAAUAUCUAGUAACUGUAGACUACUACAGCAACUACAUAGAGGUUGAUUACCUCUCGAACGUAAUCUCGGCUGCUGUUGUGAACAUACUGAAGAAGCAAUUUGCUCGUUUUGGAAUUCCAGUCACGAUAAUAUCUGAUGGAGGUCCACAAAUUACGGCAAGAGAAUUCCAACAAUUUACCAAAACAUGGGGUAUAAACCAUGUGACGUCAUCUCCUCAACAUCAGCGUGCAAAUGACAAGGCAGCUGUUAAAGUGAUCUAA